ACAGAUUAAAGGGGAUUGGCCUAUAUAUAAAGACGUUGCCAAGAGCUGUGAGAAUAUUUUUGGGUCUGCUUAAAACCACAGCAUACCAACAACCAACCAAACAAACAAACCAGGGGAAUUUAAUUGACACAGCCCCUUUCUGAGAGAGACGCCAGAGGAGACGAGCCGAGCAGUUGUUCCUCUUCUCAAGUGAGAUUAGCCAUUUUUUCUCUCUCCCGCUCUCACCCACCCUCAAACUGUUUUACUCUCCGCACAUGGAACAUGAGGAGGAUGAGGAUGUUAACUUUGCCAAGUGGAUGAGCAGCUUCUGGGGGCACAGCGGGCCAGACGAGGCAAAGAGGGAUCGCAGAGCCAGCUGGAGAAGGAAGCCCAGGGUGGAGACUGGGAGGAGAGCCUCUCUGCCCUGCCCGGCCCAGCUGUCUGCGAUGCACCUGACCAAGCUGCAGGUGUCCUCAAUGGGGCCAUCUCCAGUCUACCUGCAGAGCUGCAAGGAGCCCCGUGAGGAGAAUGAGUUCAGAGGCAACAUGAAAAUGCGCAGAGCUUCCUCUUCAGGAGAGACCCGCCAGAAAGCCUCAGUACCAGAGAACCGAAUCAGCACCAUCCACGAGCUGUCUGAAUCCUUCAAGGGGAGGCUCCGCUUCCACAGUCGACAAGCAGCUUCCCAGGGUGAAAACGAUGACCCCUGUGUGAUUUGUCAUGAUGAUCUCAAGUCUGACACUGUCACAGAACUCCACUGCAUGCAUAAGUUCCACAAAGAGGUACAUGUAUGAAACAGGAACAGAAAGCACCACAUGUAGUCUAAAACCAGAUUCAUAGUAAAGACUACCGGCUGGUUUCACAGACUGUGAUUAGCACUAAUCCUGGACUACCUAAUGUUACUUAAGGCAAGACUAGUGCUAAUCGUGGUCUGUGAAACCAGACGUAAAAGUAAAUAAAUUUAAAAGUUAAUCUUUCCUCGAUUUAUAAGGAAAAUUAUCAAUUAAAUUAUCAAUUUAAAGUGAAAGGAAGUUCUAAAUUAAAACAAAAAAUCUUUCAUCUUUUGUUAGUUGGUCACCAGCUUCCUGUAAGCAAGUGUUUUUGUGUGUGUAUCAUAAUUUGGUUGAGGUUUCCUGCUUGCUGGAAUCAUGGGAUUAUUAUCUAAUUACGUGUCUCUUAGGAGAUACAGCAAUUGAAAAAGAGUUUCUGGUAACUCGUCUCCCAGCAGCCUAUGCAAGCGACAAACAAUUACUGUGGCCCCUUAGUCAUGAAUAGUACCUAUUCUAUGAAUCUGAGACAAGCCGAGUAAAAGCAGGAUUUGCUGAACUAAUUUAUUAGAUUUUAGUCCAAUAAUAGUGCAGCACUCUAAGAUUCAGUGUUACACUUUGCAAUAGCUUGUCAUUGUUUUUUUCUACCUUAAGUUUUAUUAAAUAUAAUUAUGUCCAAAUGCACAUAUUGGCAAACCUAAUCUUGUUAAAUGUAUGUAUAUGUUACAGUGAAAGUGUGAAAUCCAGUGAUUGUAUAGAACCCCUAGUGAUUCUGUACUUCUUUCAUUUCUUUGUGUACUAUUGGGAGGAUCUCAUCCGGCCCAGGGGAUUUGUUUAUUUUAAGAGCUCCUAGUCCCUUUAACACUUCUGCCGCUGUUAUGCUAAAGUUAUUUAAAACUGGAUAGGAAUAGGUUAACAUGUGGGGCAUGUUGUCCAUAUCCUCCUUUGUAAAAAAUUGUGAAAAGUAAUCAUUUAAUAUAUUCGCUAUUUUUUCUCUUCAUCUAUGAUUUUGCCAUUUGUAUCUCUUAGACAUUUUACCUCCUCUUUGAAUGUUCUUUUGCUGUUAUAAUAUUGGAAACACUUUUUGGAAUUGGUUUUAACCCCCUUAGCAAUGCUCAAUUCUAUCUCUCUCUUGGCCUUUCUAACUUCCUAACUCUCUUGGCCUUUCUAACUUUAUGAGUUGUGUUUGCUGUUCCAAGUACUAUUUCUGUGUACUUUGUUCUUGGUCCCUUUUAAAUGCUCUGUAAAGUGCCUUUUUUCUCUGAAUAUUUUCUUUUUAAUUGAUCUAUUAAACCAUUUUGGCAAAUUUGUUUUAGAUUUAGAUUUGUCUACUUUUGGGAUGUAAUUGUGUAAUUGCCUUUAGUACUACUUUUUUAAAAAACAGCCAUCCUUUUUCUGGGGAUGUUUUCUCUAUUUUACUCCAGUGUACUUCUGUUAGUCUCUAUUUCAUACCUUCAUAGUUUGCCUUCCUAAACUUGUAAACCUUAGCUUUAGUCAUCACUUUUGGGGGUUUAAAAGCACUUCAAAUGAGACCAUGUUGUGGUCUGAGUUUGCCAAUGGUUCUCUGAAAGGCUGGAUUACAGCAAGUAAACCAAAGAUCAUAAUUAACUGGCAUUUUAUUUUUAAUGCAGAUUCAGAGUGGCUUGAUGUAAUCAAAAAAAAUAUAGUAAGCUCAGAGAAAAUGUAUCUGUGAAAUAACAAUGGGUCAGAAUUGUAAUUAGCACAAUGUUUUUUUCUUUCUGAAACACUAAUUACAAUUCUAAAAACAAUUACACGUAACAACAUUUUUACUUUCUAAAAUGAUUGUGCUGACGACAAUUUGCAGUAAAAACGUUUGAGAAUCUG